AUGGAUAAUAAUUUUAUUGAAUUAUAACCAUUAUUAUACACAAAUACUGAAUCGGUAAUUUUAAUCACUACAUAAUAGAGAACACCUAGUGUAAGUAGAGUUUGCGUGAGUCAUAAAAAGGAAAUUAUUAUGAUUGAUAUGGAUUCCUAAAAAAAGAAAAUUGAAGAUAGAUUUGUUUGUGUGAAUUGCAUCUCUGAUAAUCCAUAAAUUAAAUAUUAAACAAUAGAGGAUGUCAAUAAAUAAUGGAUUGACUACAAUUUAUAAUCUGAAGAUAGAUUAUAAUAGUAUUAAAAGGAAAUUAGAUGUAAACGAUAUGAUUUAUCUAAUUAAAUUGCUCAGAUGAGAAAAAAUUAUAAUUAGAAAUUAAAUGAGAUUAGUGAUAAAUUAAUCUAAGAAUAAUUCUUCUCUAUCAUAAAGAAAAAACUUUAAUUAAAUAGGGAGGAUUUCAUUAUAAGCUUUAGAGGAAGAACAAUUUAUUAAUAGAAUUAAGAUAACUAAUUCAUAAGAAUUAAUUUGAUUAGGCAAAAAAUAUUAAUGUUAAAUACGCUCAUUUAAUUAAACUAUCUCUUUAUUUUAGUAGCAUUCAAAUAAAAUUGAAUAAAUUUAAUAAUAAAUUCUAAAUAAAACUAAAGAUUAGGUUAAUAACUAAUAUUAGAAUCUAUCAACAAUAUUGAAUACUUACAAAAAUACUUUUGAUAAUAAAAGUAAAUAGUUCAAGAAAUAUUGCGAUUUAAAAAAAUUGGAAGCAGAUUUAAUAAAAUUGACUGAAAUGUAUAAUAAUUUAGAAAUUGAAAGUAAUUUUAAAAUCAUUCAUUAGAAAUUAAUCUACUAAACCAAAUGACCUAGCAAUUAGAUAAAAACCAGUAGGAAUAUUAAAUAGUAUUACAGUAAAAAUAAGAUUAGAGUAUAUUUAAUUUUAUUUUAAAGAUUAAAAUGAAAUUGAUGAGUUAACUGUCAAAUUAUAAUCAACAAAAAAAAAAACUAAAAUAUCAAAGAAUUAUUGGAUUAAAGAGAAUAGGAGGUUUUAUAUUUGAAAAAUAACACAAGGAAGAAAUAUUGAAAAUAGAAUCACACAGUAUUAAAACUCAAUAAAUUGCAUAGAGAACAAUGAAAUUGAAGCAUAAAAUAGAAAAUUCUAUAAAAAGGAAAAUGAAUUUCAAGGAUUAAAAAGUUAAAUUGAUUAAAUUAAGGAAGAAUAAUUAGAGUUAGAAAAAGUAUUGUAGUCCUUUAAUUAAUCUAAUAGUAGGCAUAAUAAUACUCAAAAGCAUUAUUAUUUUCAAAUUCUUAUAAGGGUGUAAUCUGCUAACUAACAGAAAGGGGAAAAACUUUUGAAGGUGGUUGUUGUUAUAGUUUUUGUGAAUAAAUAAUUCCAAAAAAUGGGAGAAUAAUUUUUGCAUUCCAAUUAUGUAGUGGAUCAUGUUCUGCUCUUGGAAUUGGAUUUAGAGAUAUCAUAACAAAGAUUAAUUAAAAUAUAGGGUUUGGGUGCGAGUAUAAAGUUAAACGAAGAAUAGAUCGUAUUUAAUACAUGCAAAUGGCAAAGCCUACUCUCACCACAACAAAGAUAUAAAUGA